UCAUCGUCACGUGAGAAACGUACGAUAUACUUUGUGAUCGCCCUCUCAGAGAGACCUUUACUGCCCGGCUACUGCCAACAAGGUUUAAACUUGAAUGGGAAUAUGAAUUACGUUUUGAUAUAUUGUGUUGUAUUGGGAAUCUUUCUGCAGAGUGCAUAUGCCAGAUAUACAUCAUGUGGCGGAGGAAAAUUGAUUACAGUGGCUGUUGAUUCCUGUCCUGACCUCAAAAAUGACUCAACAGCACCAUGUGAAUUAAAAAGAGGCACAAACGUAACCAUGUCUGUAACUUUUAGUUCAGUUAAGGACUCAAAGAAAUUAAAUGCUGUAGUUCAUGGUAUCAUAGCUGGAGUACCUGUUCCCUUUCCCUUUGAUCAUCCAGAUGGUUGUGACAAAAGUGGCAUCACAUGCCCUAUCAGUACAGGCCAGACAUAUACCUAUAAAGCUGUGCUUGCCAUUUCAUCAAGCUAUCCUUCAAUAGAAUGCUCUGUUAAAUGGGAACUUCAAGAUGACAACCAUGAUGAUGAAUUUUGCCUUGUGAUACUUGUAAAAAUUACAUAAAGAACUGAGCUGUCAGAAUAAAGAGUAAUUUUACACCCGGUGUAUGCUCAAUGCUGUGGAUUAGUACUGCCAAGAAAAAAAUAUAAAAAGAUGUCAUAAUUGAAAAUCAUGUUUAAAUUCAGAAGAUUUAUUGUAAUUGAAAACAAACUGAUGUGAAUUUGAGGAGAAGGUAUCUAGUCACCCUUUUUCAGAAUAAGAGAGCAUUGAUUAUUUUUUGUACAGUAAAUUAUGUACUGGAAGUGAGCUGACCACAGACGCACACACACACAAUUUGAUAUUUGAUGAAAAUGAUCUUUUAUUUAGAACACUGCCUUAUCUCUCCUUUAUGUAAAUGAACAAUUCCAAUAAUAUUUUCAAAGUCAUCAUACCAUUAGCUUGAGUGAGACUACUUGUUAAAAUAAUGUCCUUAGAUUUACACUUCAACAGAAAUGGAGUAUGCAUUAAGUGGCUAUUCUCAGGCAUUUACUAUUAUUAAAUAUGCAGUCAUUCUUUUAUGAUUGUAGAAGAAACUUCUUUUUGAUUUUCUUACAAAAUAAUGCUUACCAAAGUUGUAAUAAACACAUAUUAAUCGA